GCAGCAGCAAUGGACCUGAAGCUUGACGUUGGCAUGCUCAGACAUGGGGAAUAAGCAGACCAUCUUCACGACACAGCAGCUGGACGCCUAUCAGGACUGUACUUACUUCACCAGAAAGGAAAUUCUCAGACUCUUCUACCGCUAUCGGGAUUUGGCACCGCAGCUUGUUCCUCUUGACUACACCAGCCACCCAGAUGUGAAGUUACCAUACGAGCUGAUUGGCAGCAUGCCGGAGCUGAAGGACAACCCAUUUCGCCAGAGGAUCGCCGAGGUUUUCUCUGAGGACGGAGAAGGAAACAUGACACUGGACGACUUCUUGGACAUGUUCUCGGUCCUGAGUGAGAUGGCCCCGCGUGACCUCAAGGCCUACUACGCUUUCAAAAUCUAUGAUUUCAACAAUGACGACUUCAUUUGCAAGUCAGACCUGGAGAAGACGCUGAACAAGCUGACUCGAAACGAGCUGACAGAGGACGAGGUGAGGAUGGUGUGUGAGAAGGUGAUCGAUGAGGCAGACCUGGACAAUGACGGACGUCUGUCCCUGGAGGACUUCCAGCACAUGAUUGUCCGAGCCCCAGACUUCCUGAGCACCUUUCACAUAAGGAUAUAGGAGGAAAAAUGACCACGCACUGUACAUUUUGUAUUCUCAAUCCAGAUGGACUCAUGAUGCUG